UUCAAUUAAAUUUUAAAUUUGUUAAAUUUUUACUUGAACAUAUUGAACCACAAGAAAUUUCACGACCUGUAUUGCAAAAUGCAAAUGUAAUAUUGAUGGAUAAUGCAAGGCAACUUUUUUUUCCUAAAAAACUAUCCAGAGGCAAUAGUCGUGAUUGCCUCCAUAAUGAUCUUAUUGAUCUUCUUAAAGAAAAAGGUGGAGGAUGGCCUGCUGGAUGUGAAAAUACAAGGGGAAAAAUAUUUUUAGAGCAUUUGUCUAGUGCAAUUUGGUAUAUUGAUCCACAUAUCCAAUUGCUUAAAAGUCAUUCAUGUGAUAUACCUUCUUUAUUUCAGCAAUUGCCAAAAUACAAAUCAGGUUCUAUUUAUAAUACAUAUUAUUUUAAAACAUAUCAAAAAAAAGAAAAACUUUCUUGCCAAAAAUUACUUGAACAUUGCAAAUCUAUUGAGUAUAGUGCUAGUGAAAUAUGGGCAAGUAAAAAAUGUUGGUUAGAAAUUAUUCCAGAGGUUUUUAAUCUGGCUAUUAUGAUGCGAAAAUAUGCUGAACAUUCACAAAAAUCUUUACAACUUACUAACAAUGCACAUUAUUCUACUGAGUUAGUUCGUACACCUAGUAAACAUUGUAAACUUAAAAUAAUUUUAGACAAUUUAAAAAUUGAUUCCAAAUAUGAUGAACUAGAAAAAAACCUUGCUAAUAGAGAACUUUAUAAUUUUAUUAAAAUUUUCAAGUUUCUUCCAUCAGAAU